ACUGGGUUUCCUAUUUAACCUAAAUAUUUAAAUUAGUAUCUGAAUUAUUCAACUGCUGCUUAGAUUCCAGUUCUAAAAUUUCUGCAAGAGCUGGUUCAUGAGCUACUGUCAAAAGCACUUCUAAAGGUUCUUCAGCAUAUUUGCACUUUCUAAAUCUUAGAGAGGAACAGAUAAACACAAACUUUACUGUUGGGUACUUCAAUAGACAAAUAGUCAAUCAAUUAUCAACUUGAAUCCAAUGGCGUCCAAUGCCGAAGAAUGCAGUCUCUGGAGUGAAGGUCACUUGGAGCAGAACCUGCCCCAAGUGCCUGCUUGUGCCAUCAAAGUCAUGUCUAAAGCCGUGGACAUGCAUGCUCCCACUCCAGUCAUCCAAACUCCUGAAAUCUACAUCAAGAAGGAGCCUGAAGACGAGAAUGAGGAUGUAACUGUGAAGGAGGAACCAUUUCUAUAUGAUAAUCAGUGUGGUUCAAGUCAACACCUCAGCUCUGCUCCUGUAGACCUGCUCUCUCCUGUACCCUUAUUUUGUUGCCCCGUCAAGAUGGAAGUUAAAGCUGAGAGGGACGCUGGUGUGCCAGCACCGGCAUCAGGCAACACCGAUGGUGUCGCUGGGUCCAAGCAGGAGGUCAGCAAAGGCUCAAUCCCCAAGCAACCUGAGCCUAAUGAGAGUCGUGUAUUCAGAGCCAGAAAAUAUGUUUCAUGGGAAAAGCCAGAAAAUAUACAUGUCUGGUUGAAAAAGCAUAAAUUACACAGGAAAAAGACGGUUCAUUUAAGAAAAACUGAUUAUGAUAAUUACGAUAAAGUAUUACGUUAUUUAAUAAGAUUUCAGGAUGUUAUAAAAUCACACCAAAAAACUCCCUUGAAAGAAGCAAUCGAGUUUGGUUAUUUUUUGCAACUAUUAUUCAAAAACCGGUUCCAAAAGGACCAAAGUGAAAUUAGAACAUUUUCCUUUGAAACCAUUGUUUCCGAGCAUAUUGGUAUUAACAAAACAUUUGCUACAAACUUGCGCUGGCUUGGCAAACUUGGAUAUCAAUACCCAAUACUGGGAAACGUAUCACUAUAUCUUUAUCAAGUGUUCAGAAGAAAGGCAGCUAUAAGCCAUCUAUUCAAAAAAUAUCCCCAUUUAGCUAAUAAGUGGAAACGAAGAAUGCAUUCUGUGGAACGUAAUGAGUUGAGUGCAAAUAAAGCAUCACAACAUCACAGUAAACUAUGAACUGUUAAAUAAAUUCAUUAUUCAUGUAGGAAUAACAUUGUAACUAGUGGACGAGAUUUGUUAAUAUAUGCACUCUAAAUGGCUGAUGAGCAUAUAAACUCCAAACACUCUUUUCUACUAUAUAGUGGAAUGUCACGUCUUGAAAAUGGGGCUUACACAUGCUGGGUGAAACUGUUGACCUGGUUGUGUGACAAGGUAAGAAUAAUGCAUAUGUGUUGAGUGGGAAAUGUGGUAAAGUACCUAUGGAAAUAAAUUUGCUGGCUUUUGAUAUGAACUCUUUUAGUGAGGCUGGAAUCAGUAUCUACUAUUGCAUACAAAUGAGAUGUACAUAUAAUCCUACACCUCAAGGUAUUGCUUGAGGUACAUUGAACCAUAUACUAGCGUCAAAACUGUGGGAUAAGAUGCACCAGAUUUGUUAAGUUAUAUGAACAGACAUUCUAUCAAAUCUUGAGUGAGUUUAGUCACUAGUGUAACUUGUGUCAUGAGGUUUCAUUCAGAGAUACUCGAUUCAAGAUCUACUGUUGAUAUUGUGAUUGUUGAGUAGAAAACUAAUGUAAUUUUUAUUUGAUUUUUUCUGACUAAACUUCUGUUUAGUAAAUCCAAUGACGAUCGUUUCAAUUUAUUAUUGUAACUGCGAUUCACAUUAAACCCUAGUCCAUGAAUGUUUCAUCAAUUUUGUUUCUUCAUAAUUUAGCAAUUGUUCUCUGUGAUAUUUGCUUUGCAUGGAAGGUAUGGUAGGAGUAGGUUGUUUAAGAGGCAGGCUACAUUAGGUUAGUCAUUUUUAUUGAUGAUUAUAGAUGUCCGACACCAACCAACCUCUUCCCUCUGUAAAGCUUAGAAUGAAUGGGCUUCUAUAGCAUUAGGCUUGGGUGGAUGUUGCCUGAUAAUGGAAUUUUAAUUUGAGGUGAACAUAUGUCAAUGUUGUUAUUCAAACUGAGUGAUAAUCACAUCAAAUGCAUGAGGAUAUAUAUUGUGGAAAAUUUAAAAUAAUAUCAGGUUAAUAAUCUAAACAUUGUAAGUUUGUUAUGAUUUAAGCAUCUAAUGUGCUAAAGGUUAGAAAUAUACACUUUAUCAAAC